UUAUGAGAAUUACCCACCCGAUUGUGAGAAUUAAUGAAUGGGAAAUCCAAUAAUUAGAAAGAUUAACGUAAAAUAUAAUAUAUAUAAUCUGCUUCGAUAAAUAAAUCAUUCUAGCUGUAUUCACAAUGGUGACCUGGGCUGUACUCCUUUUAACGUCGGCGGUGGCGGCGGCGGCGGCGGCGCCCGGACACCGGAUCGUGGGCGGCGAGGAGACCAGCAUCGAGCGGUACCCGUCCAUCGUGCAGCUGGACUACCUGCGCCCGCUCACCGGCUGGGGGCAGAGCUGCGCCGGCACCAUCGUCACGCCCACCGUCGUCGUCAGCGCCGCGCACUGCACCAACAACGUGGCGGUGAACACGCGGCGCAUCCGCGUGGGCGCCACCAACAGGAACUCUGGCGGCACCCUCGUGUCGCUGCGCUCCUACCGCAACCACCCCGAGUACGGCGUGCGCGCACGCAACGACGCCGACAUCUGCCUGCUGUACCUGGCGCAGGAGCUGGCGUUCGGCGCCACCGCGCAGCCCGCGCCCAUCAACGCGCAGGGCUCGCAGCUGCCCGACGGCUCGGCGGUCGUGCACGCCGGCUGGGGCGCCAUCAGGUCUAACGGGCCCGCGUCGCCGGUGCUGCUGGACGUGACCAUCUUCACUGUGAACACGGACGAAUGCGCGCGGCGCUACCGGUCGGGCGUCACGGACAACAUGGUGUGCGCGGGGCUGCUGGACCAGGGCGGCAAGGACGCCUGCCAGGGCGACUCCGGCGGCCCGCUGUACCACAACAACAUCCUCGUGGGCGUGGUCUCGUGGGGCGCCGGCUGCGCGGACCCCUACUACCCGGGCAUCAGCACGCGCGUGUCCUCCUACUCCGACUGGAUCGUCAACAAUGCCGCUAAUCCGUAAUCAGUAAAACUGCAACAUAUACAAAUAUAAUUUUUUUCAUAA